AUGCUGAAUCAAACCUCAGUCACUGAAUUUCUCCUCCUGGGAGUGACAGACAUCCAAGUACUGCAACCUGUUCUCUUUGUGGUUUUCCUUGCAAUUUACAUUGUCAGCUUGGCUGGAAAUGGAGCCAUCCUGAUGGUUAUCAUCUCUGAUCCAAGACUCCAUUCUCCUAUGUAUUUUUUCCUGGGAAACCUGUCAUGUCUAGAUAUCUGCUACUCCACGGUGACUCUGCCAAAGAUGCUGGAGAACUUCCUCUCUACACACAAAGCAAUUUCUUUCUUGGGAUGCAUAAGUCAGCUUCAUUUCUUCCACUUCCUGGGCAGCACAGAGUCCAUGUUGCUGGCUGUGAUGGGCUUUGAUCGCUUUGUGGCUAUCUGCAAACCACUUCAUUAUACUCUUAUAAUGAAUCAUCAGGUCUGUUUGCAGAUGGCUGUCACUGUCUGGAUCUUUGGUUUUUUCCAUUCCCUGCUGCACUCAGUGAUGACCUCUCACUUAAACUUCUGUGGGUCCAACCAUAUCCAUCACUUCUUCUGUGAUGUUAAGCCAUUGCUGGAGUUGGCCUGUGGGAACACUGAGCUCAACCAGUGGCUGCUCAAUACUGUCACAGGCGCCAUUGCCAUGGGCUCAUUCUUUCUAACAUUCCUGUCCUAUUUCUAUAUUAUUAUCUAUCUUUUCUUCAAGACCCGUUCUUGCAGCAUGCUUCAUAAAGCACUGUCUACUUGUGUCUCCCACUUCAUGGUAGUUGUUCUUUUCUUCGUCCCUGUUGUUUUUGUUUACAUUCAUCCUGCCUCAAGUAGCUCCAUGGACCAGGAUCAGAUCAAUGCCAUUAUGUACAGUGUGGUCACUCCCAUACUAAAUCCACUGAUCUAUACUUUGAGGAACAAGGAAGUAAAGGGGGCCUUGAGGAGGAGGAUGGGAAGGAGGCUGACUUGA